AUGAGCGGACUGGCUGCGCUUGAUGCCUACAUAGGACAUGAAGACCCGAACGAAUUGUUUGAGCUGAUUGAGGAGAUUGCCGAGGGCAGCUUUGGCACGGUCUACAAGGGCAAGCAUACAAAGAAUGGCAGUAUAAUGGCUGUCAAGAUCAUUGGCUUGGACGAGGACGAGACCUUUGAGGACCUGGUCAUCGAGAUCGACAUCCUCAACCGAUGCAAUCACCAAAACAUCGUCAAGUACCAUGGCAGUUGGGUAAAAGGCGACGAACUAUUCAUUGCCAUGGAGUGUUGUGGCGGUGGAUCAAUCACAGAGAUAUAUCAAGAGUUGAGCACACCACUCAAUGAAUCACAGAUAGCAUAUGUAUGCCGAGAGACAUUGAAGGGAAUGGAGUAUCUACAUAAUAAUGGAAUCAUUCAUAGAGAUUUGAAGGGCGCGAAUAUCUUGUUGACGGACACUGGCGAUGUGAAGUUGGCAGACUUUGGCGUCAGUGGUCUGCUGGAGAAUGGCGUCACUAAGCGUCUGACAUUCAUUGGCACACCAUAUUGGAUGGCGCCAGAGGUCAUUGAGAACAGGAGCAGUCACGUGCCCUACGACACCAAGGCCGACAUCUGGUCGCUGGGCAUCACGCUGCUCGAGAUGGCCGAGGCCGAGCCGCCCCUGUCCGAAAUCCACCCAAUGAAGGUGCUGUUCCAAAUACCAUACCGCGAACCGCCCAAGCUCAAGAAUCAAGACGGCCACUCCAAGGAGUUUGUCAGCUUCAUUCAAUGCUGUCUGAACAAGGAUCCGGCCCAGCGCAAGUCGGCCGCAGAGCUGCUCAAGCAUCCAUUCCUGUCCAAGCCGCCCGACAAGUCUGUGAUGCACGACCUGAUCGCCAGGUACAAGAAGCAAAGGUUGGCCGAGAUGGACAUGCCAGAGGAGCCAGACAUUGAGAAUGAGUUGGACGAUGACUCUGAAGAGGAUAAAGACAAGGACAAGGAUAACAAGGAGAAGGACAUCAAGGACAACAAGGAGAAGAGACCAUCAUUGGUAUCAUCAAAUGGACAUGUUGUGGCUGCACCACAACCACUACAACAACCAGCAUUGGCCAUGUCACAUUCACCUGUGGUCACAUCAAAGAGCAACGAUAGACUACGAGGUGAUAGUGGCUCCGAGUUGGUCAAGAGGCAAUCAUUGUCCGCUUCGCUCGAUCUCAACACAUCUACGUCUUCAACCUCGUCCUCAUCCAACGCGACGGCCAACAGCAUUCAACAACAAAGACAUCAAAGACAGACCAGCAGUAGCAGCGCAAAGGUCACCGCAGCCGCAGCCGCAGCAGCCGCAUCCUCCACAACAUCCGCCACACAUACCACCGAGGCGUUGGUGGUGGCGCCCUCGCCAGACAUGUCAACAAACAGAAAGUCAGGACGACCUGUAACAAUCAGAAAGACGAUGGAGAAGCGCAAUGAAGCGUCAAAGAAGGUGGUCAACGGCAAGCUGAUGAAGCUACAGUUGAAGGAGAUCAAGCGAUUGCAACAGAGACAGCGCAAGGAGGAGGAGAGUCAGGGAAGGCAGCACGGCAAGGAGAAGGACGAUCUGCUCAAGCAGAACCAGCAGCGCGUCGUUCAGCAGACCAAGCAGAACACAUCGCGCGACGACAAGAUCCAGAAGACUCACCGACUGGAGCGCGAAACCCUCCAGCGCCAGCAAAAGAGUGACCGCGAGCAGCUCCUCAAGCGCAACGUGUCUGAGGGCAAGGGCCAGCGCGGUCGCGUGUCCGACCAGCAGAAGCAGCAGCAGAAGGAGUUCAAGGACACCCAGAAGCACCAACAGAAGCUGAAGGAGUACGAGAUCAAAGACAUGAGCAAGGCCGACAAGUCCACGCCCAAGAAGCUGGCCAAGCACAUGCAAGCGCACCAAAAGGUGAUCCAGAGCCACGACAUCCUGAUGCAGGAUCUAAUCUUCCAGCAGAAGCAGGACUUUGAGCGUGUGAUUGACGACCAUCACACUGGCACGCACAACCUCAUGGCGGAGAACAGGCUGCAGUGGGAGCAGCUUGGUGCGUGGCACUUGCAGCAGAACACUCAGCAGACCGUGCAGCACCAGUGCGCCCUCGAGUGCUACCGCGACUACCACACGACGUUGCGUGAGAGCAUGGCACUGGAGCACCUGCAGACACGCAACCAGAUGGAGCAGUACCACUCCCUGCAGAUCACCCAGCUCAAGGACCGCCAGAUCUCCGAGACCGAGCAGCACAACAAGCAGAUGAACAAUGAGCAGCGCAACCUGCUCAAGGAGUUCCGUCUGAAGCAGACCAAGCAACUGAAGGACUUCCUCACAAAGUUAAAGCGCGAGCUAAAGGACGAGCGCUCGGGCAGCAAGAAGCAGCUUCAGAACCUGCACAAGGACCAGCGCAAGCAAUUCGAGACCAAUCUGCAGAACUGCGACAACGACUUCCAGAAGAAGCUGCAGCGCCAGCGCCAGGAGGAGGAUGAGACACUGGCCACUCACCAACAAGAGGCCUUUUCACGUCUGCAGGAGAAGCAGAGCAUUGCGCUAAAGGAUCUAGACGAGCAGCUGCUUCAGCAGCGCAACAAGUUCGAGCACGAGUUCCAGUUUGGCGAGGAGGAGAUUAUGAUCGAUCAGUACAAGGAGCGUCGCGCUCUUCUCAAGCAGCAGCACUCUGAGAGCCGACAGAUCCUGCCCGAGCAACUACAACAACAGACACGUCUGCAGCAGGACCAGUUCAAGGAGUCGCCCGCACUGCUUCAAGAGCAGCAGAACCGCCAACGCACACUGAUCGAGGAGCAGCAACGAGAGCGCCUGUCGCUUCAGCAGGAGGAGCACAAGAUUCAGCAGGAGAGCUUCAAGAAGUACGAGCAGAAGAGGAAGGGACUCGCGCCAACGGGCGCCGACCUGCCUACCAUGUCCACUCUGCAGGCUGAACAGUCCAAGCAACAGCAGUCGCUCAGCCAGCAGCUGCGCACCGACAUUGAAGUCAUGCAGGAGAGACACAACAAGGACAUGACUGUGCUGCUCGCCGACCAGACUACACAGCGCGAGUCUCUGUACGUUGAUCAGCAGAAGCGUCUGCAGGAUCUGGCCGAGGAGCAGAGGCUACAGGUGCAGCGACUGAAGGGCGAAUGUCCAGCCGCCAAGGACAAUGGACAGCACAAAAAGCGUCAGAAGCCAGCAUUGUUGUCACCAGCAUUCCACAAGUCGCCCACUGGCAACACGAUGGGUGUCAACAGUUUGUUGGCGGGACAACAUGGCUCUGGUAAUGCCAAUGGAAAGAACUCCAGGUCCUUCUCGACAUCAUUGCCCAACUUCAAGUUUGAAAACAACAACAACAAUUGCAGCAGUAGUAUGUUAUCCACUCUGGGUCAUGAUAAGCCUCAUAGUCUCAGCCACACCAGUCUAAGUCAACCAAUUGGUUGA